AUGUCUUCCCCAGAGGCCCGUGCUGGUGUCAAGCGACCCCGCACCCAGUCGCUUCCGCCUCCGGCCCUCCCUCAGCUGGUCGCUGAGCAGCACACGCCCAUCCCUCCGACCGACAAGGACUCUCAGCGCCUCAUCGUCGUCCUGUCAAACGCCAGCCUGGAGACUUACAAGGCCUCCCACGGCGGCACUGGUCGCAAUGGCGUCCAGCGCGAGGAGAAGUACUCGCUGCUCAACAGUGACGAGCACAUUGGAGUCAUGCGCAAGAUGAACCGCGACAUAAGUGACGCGCGCCCGGAUAUCACUCACCAGUGCCUCCUUACCCUACUCGACUCACCCAUCAACAAGGCCGGCAAGCUCCAGAUCUACAUCCACACCGCCAAGGGUGUUUUGAUUGAGGUCUCGCCCUCGGUCCGUAUCCCGCGUACCUUCAAGCGUUUUGCCGGCCUUAUGGUCCAGCUGUUGCACCGCCUGUCUAUUCGCUCGACCAACUCGCAGGAGAAGCUUCUGCGCGUUAUACAAAACCCCAUCACUGACCACUUGCCGCCCAACUGUCGCAAGGUCACCCUCAGUUUCGAGGCGCCUCUGGUCCAUGUCAGGGAUUACAUCGACACACUCGGCCCCAAAGAAAGCGUCUGUGUCUUUGUGGGUGCCAUGGCUAAGGGCGCCGACACCUUUGCCGACGGCUUGGUGGACGAGAAGAUUUCGAUUAGCAACUACAGCUUAUCCGCCAGCGUUGCUUGUAGCAAAUUCUGCCAUGCUGCCGAGGACUCCUGGGACAUUCAGUAG